UUCAACCAAUUUUUCGCUUUAUAUGUUAAAGCUCGGUUUCUUCCAUUGAAGAGAAAAAUGUCGGCAACUCUCUCUUUAACAGUUUCUGCCACGACAGCAACAGCCUCGUCUCUAAAGCUGAGAAAUUGUAAAAGCUUAGCUUCUUUAAACUCUAAUAGUACUUUGCGUUUCAAUCUCCUUUCUUCGCCUCGAUCUCUCUCCAGAACGUUGUAUCGAGUUCAGGCGACAGUUCUGCAAGAUGAAGAAGAGAAAGUUGUUGUAGAGGAGUCGUUUCAACCGAAAAGUUUCCCUGAGAUUGCGGAGAAAGAAAGCCGCGGGAAGUCUGCUGAGGAUUUGUCAUGGAUUGUGAAGUUUGAACAAUCUAUCAAUAUUUUUCUUACGGAUUCGGUGAUAAAAAUUCUUGAUACUGUGUACCAUGAAAGAGAUUAUGCUAGGUUCUUUGUAUUGGAAACUAUUGCAAGAGUUCCUUAUUUUGCUUUUAUCUCGGUUCUGCAUUUGUAUGAGAGUUUUGGUUGGUGGAGACAAGCGGAUUAUUUGAAAGUCCAUUUUGCUGAGAGCUGGAAUGAGAUGCAUCACUUGCUUAUCAUGGAAGAAUUGGGGGGAAAUUCUUGGUGGUUCGAUCGCUUUCUUGCUCAACAUAUAGCAGUCUUUUAUUAUUUUAUGACAGUGUUCAUGUAUGCUAUAAGCCCAAGAAUGGCAUAUCACUUUUCUGAAUGCGUGGAGAACCAUGCCUUUGAAACUUAUGACAAAUUUCUCAAGGCCCGAGGAGAGGAGUUGAAAGGGAUGCCUGCACCAGAGGUUGCUGUUAAAUACUAUACUGGAGGUGAUUUGUAUUUGUUUGAUGAAUUUCAAACUGACAGAGUCCCCAAUACUCGAAGACCAAAAAUAGAGAAUUUGUACGAUGUGUUUGUGAAUAUCAGAGAUGAUGAAGCCGAACAUUGUAAGACAAUGAAGGCUUGUCAGACACCUGGAAACCUUCGGUCCCCUCAUUCUUAUCUGGAGGAUGACUCGGAAGAUGAGUCUGGUUGAGUCAUUUCUGGAGCCGAUUGUGAAGGAAUUGUAGAUUGUAUAUAGAACUCUGUUGCAUCUCCUCCAUCGAAGCAGACUUAAAACAGUUUAGAGAAAAAAGAAUGAAAUAUUCACUUGAAAUUACCAAUACUGGUAGAGUUGUAUAUGUAGAAACAAACAGUAUAGAUCAAAUGUAUUAUGUAUAUUGACAAUCAAUAAAUGCAGGUUGUUGAAAAUUCA